AUUGUCUUUGCUGGACUUCUUGGAGUCUUCCUAGCUCCUGCUAUUGCUGACUAUAAUAUCAAUGUCAGCGAUGAUGACAACAGUGCUGGAAGUGGGCAGCAGACAGUGAGUGUCAACAAUGAACACAACGUGGCCAAUAUUGACAACAACAAUGGAGACAACCCCUGGAAUUCCAUCUGGGAUUAUGGAAGUGUACGGGCAAGCCUGUUUUAUUACUCAGAAAAGUGCUUCAAUACUAACAUACUCUGGAUUCUGAACAUUUCCUUCUGUGGAGAAACAGUGGAAAACUAA